CAAAAACUGAAGGAUGCAUCUAAUAGAAGCUCUAUAUAAGGAGCCUAACAACCCUUAUAUAUCAAAACUGAAUUAAAGAUUAAUUAUAGGCUCAAUAAAUAUUAUGAUAACUUUUACAUUUCUCUGCCUGUUCAGAUUCUCCAUCAUUCAAAAUAACAUCCAUCCGGCCAAUAUUUUUAUUCUAAAGCUUAUACCCUUCUCAUUAUUAAUAAUCUUUUGGCCUUCCGAUGACAAAAACAGAGCAGCAGUCAGCUACUUGUCAUAUAAAAUGCGAAUAGCGUUCACUAGAAAGCUAUAAGAUCAACAGUGCAAUUCAGCGAUGGAUUCUUGCCCCAAGAAAGGCGAUGGACGUUUGAUGUUUAAGGCAACCAAGCCCCAUUUUUUCAAGAUAAUUCUUGAUGAUACCAUUCGUAGUAGGAAGCUUGGCAUUCCAAGAAGGUUUGUGAGGAGAUAUGGAAGUGAACUGUCAAGUCCUGUAUUCCUGAAGGUCCCUAGUGGUGCAAAAUGGCAGGUACAGCUUGUGAAGUGUAAUGGUGAGAUUUGGUUAGAAAAUGGCUGGCAGGAAUUUGUGGAGUAUUACUCUUUAGUUUUUGGAUACUUCCUAAUUUUUGAAUUUGAGCAAAACUGUCAUUUCAAUGUAUUCGUAUUUGACAAGAGUGCCUCAGAGAUAGACUAUCCAUUCAACAUCACCAAUGCAUAUGAUGAGGAGCCUAAUCUUGAGGAAGAAUGCCCAGACCCAGAGAUUGAAGAAACUGAAAAUGAUGUUGGUGUUGAAAUAUUGGGUUACUCUUUGCGGUCCCCAAAAACAAAAGCGAAAUCACCAUUACCAUUCCCUCAGCCUCAUAAGAAGAUUAAGCUAGAGAAUCCCACAGAAAACACAAAAUCACACUGGCCCACUGGGCAAUCUGAAGCAAAGAGGAGCAAGGAAGGCAUGUCUAAUGAGAAAAGGUCCUUGGAUGGGGUUGCAGGGAGGAAACAACCAUUGACAGCUGAGGAAAAAGCUAAUGCACUCCAUAAUGCAGGAACUAAAUUUAAAUCUGGAAAUCCUUACUUCAUGAUUGCAAUGCAACCAUCAUAUCUUCAUAGAUUGCGUAUACCAGCAAGCUUUAUGAGGGAUUAUUUCAACAAGAAUAGCGGGUCUGUCGCCCUCAUUACAGAGGAUGGGGAAACUUGGUCUGUUGAUUUCAGUUAUACUCUGUGCAAUGGAAGAGCAUCAGCUACACUACGUCAUGGUUGGAAGAAAUUUGUAGAAGAAAAUCACUUGGAAGUUGGUGAUGUUUGUGUCUUUGAACUGAUUAAUCGCAUUGCAAUUAGAUUCAAAGUAGGCAUUUUCCGACACAUCAAAGAUGCAAAUAGCAGCCUAUCACUUGAUGCAGGAACCAGCAAGCAAUUGAAAGAUGAAGAAAGUAGCUGCUGCAGGCAGUUUAAUCCAGGAAAUUCAUGCUCAAAGGCUUUUGGAGCUAUCGAAGCUGCAAAGAAAUUUACCUCUGUGAAUCCCUUCUUCAAAGUGAUCAUUAAUUCAUGCUAUCUGGAGAAUUCCUUAGUGUAUGUACCGCUAAAUCUUGUUGCGAAAAGUACAAAGCAAGGCACAAACAAAGUAAUGUUACAGGUUGAAAACAGGCGAUGGUCUGUGAAAUUAUUCAGGUAUCCUGCUAAAGCUAUGAUCUCAGAUGGAUGGCGUUCAUUUGCAAGGGAGAAUUCUCUAAAAGUGGGAGAUGUUUGCAUCUUUGAGCUGAUUACUAAUGAAGCUGAGCUGCUAAAGGUUACCAUUUUCAGAAAUGUUAAUUUUUUUUUGUGUUCCACCUUCCUCUCAACUCUCAUCUCAUCUCGCAGCAUGCGAGCAUCGCCAUAUUCUUGA